AGUGUCAAAAUGAACGAAUUGUCGUUUGAAGUAAACAGUAUGGAUAUUUGCCAAUUGAGUAUUUUAUAAAAUAUGGUUUAAAUCGUAUAAUCAGAGUUAAGUUUUGGUGUUCAAUAUAAACUAGUAAAAAUGUGGCCCAUGCUGCUUAAUAUGACACGCGACGAAUGUCGCCUUACGCUCCGUAGACUUGAAUUGGAAGCCUACUCGAAUAUGAUAAGUGUGUUUAGAGCACAAGGGGCACUGGAAGACAACAGGAAAAAGCUAUUGGAGGAACUGCGCGCCGUUUUGCAUAUAAGCAACGAUCGGCACAGCGCCGAGGCACGCCGCGUGUCUAAUGACGAGUUAUUAGCCACAAUUGCUGAGAGGUUGUCAGGUCCCAAUACGGGGUUAGGAUGGAUCCGGGAAGGCAGGAGACGUGUGCCACUGCUCCCUCGAGGAGUUGCACAAAGCAUGUACACAGAGAUUGCGGAUAAAGCUGCAGAACAGGCCGCAGCAGAGAACAGAGAAAUACAAAAGAGGUUGGAGGCUGAGAAACUCAUUGCACCCAAAUCAAGUGAAGAAGAGAUCACAGAUGCAGAAGGGCAGACGGCCGAAGCUCUCACCUCAAAUGAGAGUAUGGAUGAGACCAUGUAUCCUCCCAUAGCAAUGGAAGAUCAAACAACUAAACUUUGGGAGACAGAAAUUAUAAAUGAAAGAAAAAGGAAAAUUCCAGAAGGUGGUUCAAUACCAGAUGACAGUACAAUACCAGUUAAGAACAUGAGAAACAUAACAAUGAACACAAAUCAAAAGCAUCUCAACCUAUCACAAAUAUACUCUAAGUUAUCACAACCCGCACCCACAGAGCAUAUUAGAGGUAAACCACCAGGACAGUCAAAACAUUCUUACAACCAGGUCAGCAAAGUGUCAACUAGUAAAUCAAGUCAAUCGCAUGCCCCAAGAUCAACUCCACACAAGCCAAGAGCUCACAAAGGUGCCAAGGCACAGUCUGCUACCAAGUCACAAAAGAAAACACAGGAAGUGCCUAUAUCACCUAACAAACAGUACAAUCCCGUAUCUCUUCAGCUAGAGUUCUCUGGCCCGCCUAACACUUUCCAAGCUAGUUACGCUCAGUCAAUACUAGGGAAUAAAAGCAAAGCUGAUUACUUAGAUGAGAUGAAGCCCAAAGUGAUGUCAUCACCAAGCAUGAUGACAGACUCCCCCACAAUGCAGCUACUGACUCAGCCGGCGACAGUGCCCCACGAGCUCGAAGUGUCAGACAACUCUCACCCUGACGACCCAUCCUCACUGCAGGCGCAAAGCACGCCGGUCAAACACACUGUCUCAGGAAAACCUUGUCAACUCAUAAUCAAAAAUCGCGGUGAGAUAUCAAGCGAUAAGAAAGUACAAAUUGGUGAACUCAAACUACUUCAAAAGCCCGCAGAUAAUAUUAAGCUAUUGUCAAAUAGACAAGUAUUGGUAGCUCCUAGUUCGGCGCAAAAAGCGUUGAACACCCCAGGCAAACUUGUCACUACUAAAGUCAUAGGUUCUAUACCAAAAGCGCGCACCAGUAAUGCUCCCGUAACGAGCGAUAAAAUGAUCGUCGUUUCAAAAUCACUUGUAGAUAAUAAAAAACCGCCUUCUAAAGUAAUAUUAACGUCUAACAAUACACCACACAAAGAAUUCGCCCAAGUAACUGUAAAUAGUGCAUCUAAUAAAACUGCCGAGGCCCUCACACCUAAAGGAAUUCCUGCUACGGACUUAAAAGUGUCGGCCAAGGCUGUCGUAUUAAACCCGAAGUCGGGACAAAAAAUGGUUGUGUUACCCGCUAAGGCGCGUACGAAAACUAACGAGCAAAUACCACUUUUACACUUUAAAGGAAUCCCCACCGCUAUGAAACUGGUGCCCGUAAGUUCUCAAUCAGUACCUCAGAGCAGUAAAGCACCAACAAUGACCGUAAUAUCUAAACCUCCAACUACCAGUUCUAUACCUUCUAGUAGUAAACUAGUUGGUUUGGAGCCAAUUAAGACUGCUAAUUUAGCAGACAUAGUUCCCGUUAAGGGCCUAGCUCCCAUCACUACUCCAAAAAUCACAAAUCCUAUCGUUCGUCCAUCGAGUACAAAAGGCAGCGUAAUUGUAGUCCAAAAAGGGACACCACUUGGAAAAGCACUAACCUUCGCCAAGAAUGGUAACGAUAUGUCAAAAAUUAUAAUGGGUAAGAAUGUGAACCAAUUGCUACAAGCAUCAAAAACAGAAACAGAAGCUGCCAAGUGUUCUGGUAAUGUUAUAGUUUUAGAACUAAACAACGAUCAGUCAGGACGAACUACGACAAUGUCGGAGAUAUUGGACAGUAGAAGCAACACAGGUCGAGCAGUAGAGGAACCUAAAAAGAUGACUCAGAUCACACCAGACACUCCUGUUUUGUUUGAUAAUCAAAUGACUGAAGAGACUUGUAAUGCGAGUAGUUUAGAUUCGACGGGAGAAAGUAUAGGUGGCAUAGUGCCGAUGGAAGAAACAGUGCUACCUAUGAUUGAAAAAGAAGAGCGCAAAGCAAGCUAUAGUAAAGAUGAAACUGCAAAAGAUUCGUCAAGCGUCACAGACUGGGAAAUGGAACUCGACACCGUGUCGAGGAAAAACAAAGACGACGACGACAAACUAAACUCUCUGCAUUUAGAUCUGGGCAUGUCGAGCGAUAGCGACACAGAGUACAUGGCAAGCAGUCAUAAAACAAAGAGCAAGCACUCGUCCCAAGAGAGCAUUCAGCGGACGACGCCCGGCGGGGAAAACAGCGAAAUGUACAGCAGUACGAGUGCCAUGUCGCUGGCGAAUCGGACGUUACUGAGUCAACUGCAAGACGACGGCUCGUCGAGCAACGACUCUUCGUUCACGCUCAAAGCUAAGAUCGAUAAAGUGAAAGAAAGCGAUUCCAAAUUGGACAGAUCCGAGACGGACGCUCUCACUAAAGCGAAAGAGAAGCUCUCGGAGAAAGUGGCCGAAGCUAAGUCUCAACAGAAAAGGAUAGAUAUAUACAGCACGGCGAUCACGACGGCGGACAUUAACUUGGACUCGUUCUCGUAUCUGGACGAGGGCAUGAUGGCGGGUGACGACGUGUUCGCAGGCGAGGACAAGCCGCGCACGGCCCGGCUGCACGAACUCAGCCGCCUGCUGGCCGACGACUCCGCCAACGAGUCCGCCACUGAGACUGACGAUCACACUGUAAGUCAAAACUUGCCUUUAAAUAAAUCCACUUAGGUUUUACCGAUUUGGGUUAUUUUUUGUAAAUUUUAAUAAAAAAAUAAAACAUGGACAUUUAAUGUGAAGUGAAUGGUUGGCGCUAUUCAGUAAGGCAUGGACAUUUGUAUCGUUUGAUCCGCUCGAUAUGUAUGUUUUGAAAACAUUCGUGUAAUCUACAUAUCGCUGUUCUCCGAUAGUAAAGAGGCUACAUAAAAUUCGGUGGGUUCGUAAAUUCAAGAUUUUGUUCUAAUAAGUGCACUUCCACAUUAUGGAGUUUUUCUACCAAUUCCUUCAGCAAAUUUGUUGUAAAGUGUAACAUAUGUAACAUGUUUCAUCAUAUUAAUCAUACACAAUUUUACCCCUGGCAGGUCUGCUAUUAACGGAUUAAAUAGGUAUUUCCUAGACAGUAAUUUUAAUUUAAUAUGUUAAGUAUGAACUCAUUAUGUUUAUUCAUGUGUAAAGGAUUGUGUUUGCAUUGAUUAGGGAAUAUUCAGAGUAUGUGUGUACAAUUGUAUUGUAAAGAAAAGCAACUAGUUAUAAUUUUAAAUUCAUUCAUGUUUAGUUUCUAAAUAAUAUAUUCACUGAAUCAAUGUUACUGGGUUGUUUUUUUUUAUAGUGAUUCAAUAAAUUAUUAUAUUUACAUGAUUGUAGUAUUGACCAGUGAAUGACCAAUAUCACAUACAUAAAUAUCUAUAUAAAGUAUACAUACAAUAUUAAAUGAAAUAAUAUUAAUACAUCAUCUGAUUUGUAUCACUAUUCUCUCCCACAUACAUACUAUUAUGCUAUCUGAUUAUAAUUAACCAAAACUAAAUGAUUGUUAAUUGAAAUGAAAUAAAAGUUAAGAAUCUUGACAUAGCAUUGUGUUGGUGUUGUGCAUAUUGUUAUUUAAAAACUUGCGUUAACGUAAUUACCUAUAUUCCGUGUUAUCUCGAACUACUCUGUAAUUUAUUUGAAUAUAUCUGAUAUAAGUUAAUUAUAGUUUGUUAAUAAAAAUUGUUUGCAUACGCACAAAUAUUUUGUAAAAGUUUCAUAUUUGUUUAGCUUACAAUGUUACAAUAAUUAUAAUUUUAUUAUAGUGUACCGAUAUAAAAGCGCCAUCUGUUGCUGUAUUCAGAAAUAUUGUUUCAUGGAGACUUCUUACACAAAGGAUGUUUCUUUUUAAGUGAUUAUGUGAAACUGGAUUUUCACAUGACACCGUAAAUUGUAAGUAAACUUACAGCCUUACUGACGCUUAUCUAAGCUGGAUAAUAAUCCAAAGCAAUAAUUAAGUAUAAUAUAUUACAAUUGUUAAAAACAAUCUUAAUAGUCAAGUAGAUCGGUUGGUAAGUUUAAUACUUAUUGUGAUCACACAUCCUUAUUCAUAAACGGUUAUAUACAGCAUGUUUAUUUCUAUCACAUUUAUUUGGUUUGUUGCUAGUAUAAAAUCUAGGAUAAAAUAUACGUAUAAUGUUGUUAUACGCGUUUAUGAAUAACGUGUUUGAGUGACGUACGUUUUUAAAUACACUAAAUUGAUUCAACGACCCUUGUCUAGGUAAACAUAAAUUUGAAUAAACGUGAGUGUUUUCAAGAAUGUUCCCUUUUGAGUGAGAUGCUGACUAGUAUUUAUAUUUAAAUUAAGGGCCGAAUGUGUCGCCAGAUGUGGUAUAAUUGACUUAAUAUUGUUUGUUGUUCAUUUGUAUGUGGAUAAAGUCUUUUUCAUGUCAGUUAUGUUGUCGACAAGUUGUAUAAUUCUUUUUUACAAACUUAAUGCGAGUUGCAGACCAUAAAGUAAGAUAAAUUUAACUUGCUGGCAUAAAUGAGAUAUUAUUUCAUACUUUUAUGCAGAUAAACAAUAUAAACUAAGGUACAAUGUGUUAAUUCUCUCACGCAUGCGAGCUAAGCUAAAUUUACUACCUAGUUUUCGGCUUGCAACCCGCGUGACGACAUCUUCUAUUACCAGAUACUUGCUAGUGGGAAAUAAUUGAUCUAUGGUUUUGUAUAUCUGCAUCAUACUGACAAUUUCUAUUGUAAUUUAGGCUUUUCACCAUGUUGGCUCAGUGCGUAUUGGCAGCCUUGACAUACCUUCAAAAUUCUUAUAGAUUACUUCUCAGGUGUACAGGUUUCCUCACGAAGUCUACAAAUGCAUGAACUCUAAGCAGAAAGGAAUUAUACGAAUUGCUUAUGGUAUACUAACAAUACUCAAACCAUGAUAAAAUAGUUACAGAAUAUGGUCUUCUUAUGGUGGUGUUGGUGUGAUAUCAUGUACAAAACUUUCGACACAUCGAUUUUGCAACCACUGACGUCAAUUAAUGCUUUUUUUUAGCAGUAAAUAUCUGAAUUCCAUGGUUGUCAAAAUUGUAUACUACCAUCUUCCUUGUAACUUUCUUGUCUUUUUUAAUUACCUGUGUGGUUUUUCAAUCUAUAGGUAUUUCAGAAUAAUGUCAAUAAAUAAUAAUGGCCUUCGACUAAUGGUAACCUCUAUGGACAUUGAAGGUCCGUAGUUAGAUCCCCUAAUAGUCCAACACCCAGUAUUUUCAAAAAUUAUAGUCUAACAUACCAUCAAUGGGUUGUAAAAACUAAGCCAAAAUACAAAAAGACCUGCCACCGGACCGGAGUAAAAGAAUAUCAUGAUAGCGGAAAGUUCUAAAGCUAUUUUUCAUUUAAACUCAAGUCGCUUCUCUCUGUCAUAGUCCGAUAAGAAGCCGUUCAAGUAUUACGUAAAGAAUACUGUAACGGCCCCUAACUCAAUUGAGUCUCGCAACUCAAUCAUUUUUCGAAUCCAAAAACACAUUCUAUCGCUAUAACACCAAUCCACCAGUUUCUUAUAACAAAAGGUGCUCAGUAUAUGUUAAUUGUUUCAUACACAGUACUAUAGAGCAGUCACAUGUAAUACUAUACUUAGGUUAAGAGUAUCGAAGGUUUUGGUAUGAGUCCAGGAGCCUGCGGGUCGAGGCGCGAGUGGUACACGUUUGUUGAGUAAUGGCAGUGCGUUGUAUAAUAAGUGUGCCAUCGAUAUAAUGUAGUUCGUAUUAUGACAAAUUUGUACAUAGUAUUUUUAUUGAUAUAUCAAUGACAACCGUCGACUUAUAGAAUGUAUUAGUAUAUUUUGUAUCAUAAUGACUGUAUGUAACGGCGCAUUUUGGAUGUGUAUGUGUGUCCUAAAUUGGAUUUAGUUUAGCGAAAUGUUAUUAGAUUAUAUAUUUCUAAUGAUGCAGGUGAAUAUGUUUAAUGUUGUCACACUACGCUGUGGUCAAAAUGUGUUCUGGUAAGUUUUAGGGCCCUGUAAGGGUUGUCUUUGUACAAUAUAUUAUUAUAUAAAUGUUAAUGCGAUGUUAACGAUUGACCUGCAUCAGUUUAUUUCAUUUUAUAAAGGGUAAGAUGUUCAUUUGUUUUUGUCAGCUGUAAAUAUUUUGCGUAGUCUUAAUACGGCAGUAGAAUCACCACAAACAAAAUAUGUUAAUACAAUUUCUGUGUUUUUUGCAUCAAGUUUAUUUUAUCUACUUAUUUUAACAAAUAAAAGUUUAAUCAUAAAAUAUAAUAUGAUUUUUAUUUCAUCCAAUCAGGUAAGUAAAAAAAAAUAUAUAAAUGUAUGAUUUAAUAUCACACUAGACUGAUACUCAGUUUACAACUAUACAUAAUAACAUAAUCACAACUUUACAUUGCUUUGCUUACACUUUAUAAUACACCAAAAAUAUUCGUGCAACUUAAAAAUUAUUUCGAAUAAAUACUGCGUUUCUAAGGCGGGUCUGCUGGGCUAGAAAUAAAAACAAAUGCAAGCAAAAAUGUUUUACAUUUUGUCUUGUAACA